CGGGUUAAUAUCGAAAAGUAUAACUGAGGCACCUUGCUGGCGAAAAAGUAACAAACUAUAAACCAUUUCUUGGAAAUAAUUUGUACACGCAAAAUUUGACAAAAAACAAAAUUUGUUGGUUUGAAAAUUGAUGAAAGAUAUAAUUAUUAUCUUUCAUGCAAAGUACAUGCCUAUUUCCGAAAUGGACUGCAAAGCUUUUUAAAAUGCGAUAAUUUUUCUGCCUGUUAUUCCUGAUCUAAAAUAUUAUAAAUAUUUCUAAAAGACUUAUUUAAAAAAAUGUAAAAAGCAAUGUGUAAAAAAUUAGCGAACUAAUCAUCUACUGAAUCAAAAUACAGUAAAGUUGCUCAGUUGAGUGAGCGCCUUCCGCUGAAGAUCCUUCACGAACUUCUGUCGGCCCGGCAGUCUCGUUCAAGGCGCGCGUGGCUGUUGGGUGCAUUUCCGGGACUCUCGUGCGUCAAAAAAGCGUUCCCUGGCCGUGCUUGGAUUCAAUAAACAGAGAUGGCCACCGACAAGGACGAGCUGGUGCAGCGGGCCAAGCUGGCCGAGCAGGCCGAGCGCUACGACGACAUGGCCGCCGCCAUGAAGAGCGUCACAGAAACAAACAACGAGCUCAGUAACGAGGAGAGGAACCUGCUCUCUGUGGCCUACAAGAACGUGGUCGGCGCCCGGCGGAGUUCCUGGAGGGUCAUCUCCAGCAUCGAACAGAAAACAGAGGGCAGCGAAAAGAAACAGCAGAUGGCCAAGGAGUACCGCGAAAAGGUCGAAAAGGAGCUCCGCGAAAUCUGCAACGAUGUCCUGCACCUGCUGGACAAGUUCCUCAUCCCCAAGGCCUCCGUGGCGGAGUCCCAGGUCUUCUACCUGAAGAUGAAGGGAGAUUACUUCAGGUACCUCGCAGAGGUCGCGACGGGAGACGCCCGCACCGCCAUUGUUGACGACUCUCAGAAAGCCUACCAAGAUGCAUUUGAGAUCAGCAAGACCAAAAUGCAGCCCACCCACCCCAUCCGGCUCGGGUUGGCGCUCAACUUCUCAGUGUUCUACUAUGAGAUCCUCAACUCGCCCGAGAAGGCGUGUCAGUUGGCAAAACAGGCCUUCGAUGACGCGAUCGCAGAGCUUGACACGUUAAGUGAAGACAGCUACAAAGACUCCACCCUCAUCAUGCAGUUGUUGAGGGACAACCUCACGUUGUGGACGUCAGAUGCUCAGGGUGAAGGUGACGAACAGCAAGAAGGUGGUGACAACUGAUGAAUUUAAUUGAACUGUUGUGUGAACUAUGUAUUGAGCGUCCGGGCCGAGGCCCGCGCGCGCCCGAGCGUGAGCUUCUGGAUCUACACGUCUGCUCCGCGCGCGCGCGCGUGUGCGCUUGGUACGACCUGAUCAGGAAUGCCCGCUUCGAGAGUGCUUUCUUUUGUAAAAGCUGGUUCAGCAUGGGCAAUGUGACACUGUUGGGUGGCGUGUCAUGCGGCAGAAUGUCGAUUCAAAAGCAUCCGAACCGGCCCAGUCCCGUGAGGCACGAGAGUACCUUCUGGCGCUGCCUCGUAGGUCAUUCCAGUGCACCUAUUAUGUCAGUGUAAGUGAUUGUGUUGCUAACAUCUGCAAACUUUGCUCACAAGUUUUAUAAGCCAGCAGAGAUAGAUAGUUGUUUUCUUACCAAAGUUUGCAUGUUUUGUUCGUAACCUGCCGUUGAUGUGUUUAGGAAGUCUUGCUUUACCGCGGGCUUUUUGAGGGCCAACGGCAUGUGUCCAAAUUGGGAAGCGUGACUAUUCUUCGCCCAACUGUGAAAAGUACACUGGCACUGUGACCUCAAGCGAAUGGUGUGAGCCAUUCUGCGCAACUAGGGUUUUGCUGGGUCUCGCUGCAAUCGAUCAAACCGAGUCGGCUCUUGCUGCUGUUUGACCGAAUCGAAUGACUAUCAGAUGCCGUAUAUGUUAUGUUGAAUGUGAGGUGGUCGUCAAAUAUUUUGGCUCCAAAUUAGCUGUUUCAAUGCAUCCUCUUGUUGGUUGUAAUUCGUCCGAUUCGUCACUACUCUGGUACCGGUAUACAAUAAAAACGCAAAAUUCGUUGACUUUCA